AUGUGUCAUCUUGAGUUCGUUUUCGGUGACAGAUUUCGGUCGGAGGAGCGUCUGUUCGGGCCGCUAAAAGCGGAGCACGUGCUUUGGAUAAUCGGAAUUUUGCUCUUCUAUUUCUACGUCUGGGGUCGGCUAUUCGGCAGCCAUUCUCGCGCUCACCCGCACCCCGCCGCGCAGUCGCGCACAGCGCCGCAGGCAAACGCGCACUCUCCGCCCUUGCCCGGCGGGCCGCCGUCCGUCGCGCAUAAUAAAGCCGCCGCGUCUCACGCUAAGCACGGCGCGCACAGCCACUCCGCGGGCUCCGCCACGGCUGCGCGCGGCGACGCGGAGGCGAGGGGGCGAUCGGCGCUGGAUGCGGGGACGCUAAGUGCGGGGACGCUGGGAGCACCGCCCCUGGCGCGCCAUGCUGCGGGCACUCCGCCUGGGGGAGGCGCGCAGGGCGCAGCAGUGGCGGGUGCGGGGAAGGCGGAGGGCGCCGGGCGCGCCAGGAUUGGCGGAGGAGGCGCGGAUGGGCGCAAGCAGGCAGCAGGAAGGGCAGCUACGGAUGGGGAUAGUGCUGCUGCUGGGGCUGCUGCAGGGGGGAAGAACGGGAAGAAACUCUGGGGGGGAGGGCAACGGGGAGGGGAACGGGGAGGGGCUGGGAAGCUGGGUGUGAACAGUGGCGGAGGUGGUGUAGGAGGGGCAAAGGGGGAGGCAGAGGCUUGGGGGGAGCGAGUUGGGAAGCGUGUGGGGGAACAUGUGGGGAGAGAGGAGGAGGGGAAGGAGGGGGAGGAGGAGCAGGCGGGGUACGAGGUGCCAUACAUAGUGCAGCGCGACCCCCAGUACGUGCAGGUGAGGGAGGCGUACGGGCUGCAUCUGCUGGCGCAGGCGGAGGCCAAGGUGGCGCGCUUCUUUGCUGCUGACCCCUUCCGCCACAAGUCGCACGGCCCUCUGCUCGACCACAGUGUGUGCGGCGUGCUAUCAGACCCAUGUGCCGUCCACUCGGCACGCUCCGACUGUCUAUGGGACGGCUUCUGUGCGUGGUGCAGCAGCACAGACGUGUGUGUGGAUAGAGCCUCACCCAUGGCCGCUGCCUGCUCGCCCCACCUGGACCACCGCGACCUCUCUCCCUACCAAGACCGCAUCCUCAGGGAUGCAGCUAAGUACGUGCGGGUGGCGGCGGGAGGGGAGAUGGAGCACCAUUCACCCGCCAAGCAGAAACCAGCCACUGCCAAUGCUGCUGUUGCGGCUGCUACUGAGGUGGAGAGCAGCAGCAGCACGAGCAGCAAUGGGAGCGCAGAGUCCCCUUGCAAGAUCAUCAUUCCCGGUCACUUCCAGUUCCUAACGCUGGACUACGAGGAGAUGUACUGGCACUGGCUGCUCGAAAACUUUGUGCCUCUGCUGGCUGAUAUGCCCUACGCACGUCUCAGGGACAUGCGGACGCACUUCAUUCUCACGCGUAGCACCUCCACUCGCCACCUUCCCUUCCUCGGCCUCCUCUCCCAGUCGUGCUGGCGGUCGUUGGAGGACAUGCAGGAGGGAACGUGUCUGGUGGAGGAGACAAAGGAGGAGCAGCUGCGGUUCAACAUGGACCACCCCUCCGCCUUCGCCUCCGCUGCUGCCCGCCUCAUCGACCGCACUGCACCGCACUUCAUCGUUGACCGCCUCAACCUCUCGCACAUCCCGGCUCCGACCAAGCCACAGGUUCUCCUGGUAGCUCGUCGGCGGCGUCGCCUGCUCCUGAACGAGGACGCGCUACUAGCCUCCACGCGUGCCAUGGGCCUGCCCAUCUCCGUCGCUGUCUUCGAAGAUCUCCCGCUCUACGAGCAGAUCCGGGCCGUCCGUUCCUGCGCCAUCCUGGUGGGCGUGCACGGCUCCGGUCUCCUCAACUCCAUGUUCCUCCACCCCGGCAGCGUACUCGUGCAAAUCGUCCCGUACAACACCACCGGCGCGGACCGCUUCUACGAGCCGCAGGUUCGGCAGGCCGGAGGCUCGUACAUGGAGGUCCGGGUGACGAACCGGAGCGACAGCGUGUUCCACUGGCACUUGGCGGAGGACCAUGGGAGCAAGGUGGGCACGGCGGAGGAGAGAGAGCAGUUCUUACAGCAAGGGCCGGACGUGCAGCGAGCUUCGGAUGUGUUUUUUAGCUUCUGGGUGAACCAGGAUGUGCAUGUGCCUGUUGGGGAGUAUAGGAGAGUUAUUGGCGAGGCUGUGGCUGCUUGGGAGCAAGGGCGGAAGCAGCAGAAGCGGCAGCGGAACGAGGAGCAGCAGAGGGCAGAUUGGGCAGAGGAGGAGGAGGAGGGGGAUGCAGGGGUUGCAGGUGGAGGAGGGCGUGGUGUUAGGGAGGGCAGGGACGGCAGUAGAGAACAAGGAUAG